GGUGGAAGCUGGCGGCGGCGGCGGCGGCGGCGGCGGCCGAGCGGGGUCAGUUCUCUGUAGUGUUUGCCAAUGUGGGAGCCGUCUGCUAAGUGUCCCUGGCCAGAAGUUUUUGGAGCUGUGAAGGAUACAACAGUUUAGGCACUAUUGUCUUAACAUGCUUCAAAUAAAUCAGAGACUGACUUUAUGAUUUGAGUGGGACAUUUCAUAGAGUACUUAUUUAAAUGAUACACAGUGGAAUAACCUUUUUAUUUACAGCUUCUCUCCAAGAUAAAAUGGCAAACCCCAAAGAGAAAACUCCAAUGUGUCUGGUAAAUGAGUUAGCCCGUUUCAAUAGAGUCCAACCCCAGUAUAAACUUCUGAAUGAAAGCGGGCCUGCUCAUUCGAAGAUGUUCUCAGUGCAGCUGAGUCUUGGCGAGCAGACAUGGGAAUCCGAAGGAAGCAGUAUAAAGAAGGCCCAACAAGCUGUUGCUAAUAAAGCCUUGACUGAAUCUACACUUCCCAAACCGGUCCAGAAACCACCCAAAAGUAAUGUUAAUAAUAACCCAGGCAGUAUAACUCCAACUGUGGAACUGAAUGGGCUUGCUAUGAAAAGGGGAGAGCCUGCCAUCUACAGGCCAUUAGAUCCAAAGCCAUUCCCAAAUUAUAGAGCUAAUUACAACUUUCGGGGCAUGUACAAUCAGAGGUAUCAUUGCCCAAUGCCCAAGAUUUUCUAUGUUCAGCUGACUGUAGGAAAUAAUGAAUUUUUUGGUGAAGGAAAGACUCGACAAGCUGCUAGACACAAUGCUGCAAUGAAAGCCCUCCAAGCACUGCAGAACGAACCUAUUCCAGAAAAAUCACCUCAGAAUGGCGAAUCUGGAAAAGAAGUGGAUGAUGACAAAGACGCAAAUAAAUCUGAGAUCAGCUUAGUGUUUGAAAUUGCUCUGAAGCGAAAUAUGCCCGUCAGUUUUGAGGUUAUUAAAGAAAGUGGGCCACCACAUAUGAAAAGCUUUGUUACACGAGUGUCGGUGGGAGAGUUCUCUGCAGAAGGAGAGGGAAAUAGCAAAAAACUCUCCAAGAAGCGUGCUGCAACCACUGUCCUACAGGAGCUUAAAAAACUUCCACCUCUUCCUGUAGUGGAAAAGCCAAAAUUAUUUUUUAAAAAACGCCCUAAAACAAUAGUGAAGGCUGGACCAGAAUAUGGUCAAGGAAUGAACCCCAUUAGCCGCCUGGCUCAGAUCCAACAGGCCAAAAAGGAAAAGGAGCCAGAUUAUGUUUUGCUUUCAGAAAGGGGAAUGCCUCGACGUCGGGAAUUUGUGAUGCAGGUCAAGGUAGGCAACGAAGUUGCUACAGGAACAGGACCUAAUAAAAAGAUAGCCAAAAAGAAUGCCGCAGAAGCAAUGCUUUUACAGCUUGGUUAUAAAGCGUCGACUAGUCUUCAAGAUCAACUGGACAAGACAGGGGAAAACAAAGGAUGGAGUGGUCCAAAGGCUGGGUUUCCUGAACCAGCAAACAAUACUCCAAAAGGAAUUCUUCAUUUGUCUCCUGAUGUUUAUCAAGAGAUGGAAGCCAGCCGCCACAAAGUAAUCUCUGGCACCACUCUAGGCUAUUUGUCACCCAAAGAUAUGAACCAGCCUUCCAGCUCUUUCUUCAGUAUAUCUCCCACAUCGAAUAGCUCAGCUACAAUUGCCAGGGAGCUCCUCAUGAAUGGAACAUCUCCUACAGCCGAAGCCAUAGGUUUAAAAGGAAGUUCUCCUACUCCCCCUUGUUCUCCAGUACAACCUUCAAAACAACUGGAAUAUUUAGCAAGGAUUCAAGGCUUUCAGGUUCACUACUGUGAUAGACAAAGUGGCAAAGAGUGUGUGACCUGUCUGACCUUAGCCCCUGUGCAGAUGACUUUCCAUGGUAUUGGAAGCUCCAUUGAAGCCAGCCAUGACCAGGCAGCUCUAAGUGCCUUGAAACAGUUUUCUGAACAAGGAUUGGAUCCAAUCGAUGGGGCAAUGACUAUUGAAAAAGGUUCUCUUGAAAAACAAGUCAAGCAUCUGCGAGAGAAAGCGGACAAUAACCAGGCACACCCGGGCUCCAUCGCCCAGGACUGCAAGAAAUCAAAGUCAGCCAUCUAGCAGCUCCCAGGACCCAUGGCUACCACCGCAUCCUUAUAAACCUGUCAGCACGCAUGGGGGUGUCUGCGUUCAAGGAAAUGAAUGACUGAUACCAUUCUUUGAGUCUUAUGUGAAGACAACACUAUUCUAACACGAGAGAUAAUAUACAUGGUCCUGUUUAUUCAACUGGGGGAAAAUAAAACUUGGAGCAUUUCCCUUGGAAGUGGAGAUCAGAUCGUAACUCAUUCGCCCAGGGGCAGCAGAAAUCUGAUCCCGCUACUGGAGCUUGAAAUAACAAUUAAUGGAAAGUGUUAGAAACAGAGCUAACAUUUUCAGAUGAUUAAUAGAGAAGUUGGGUUUGAUUCUGUUGUUCUGAUUGUUUUGGUCGUGCCACUUGUGUUCAGUUAUAAUUCUCUCUCUCUCUCUCUCCCUCUCCCUCUCCCGCUCCCUCGCUCCCUCUUUUUCUCUCGUUUUAAAUAAUGCUUGACAAUUUGAAAAUUAACCAAUGACGUGCUGUGGAAUGUGAUGGUUGUUGUCUUCAUAUAGAGUCGCACAGUUUCUCUUUUUAUGCAAAUCUUCGUAAUCCUCAUCCUGUAUCAAUAUGAGUAACUUUAAGGUGCACUACGCAAAGAUGUAUGCAAACAUGUUUUAAAUCAGGUCAGAUAUUUGAUGAAAAGUAUGACAUGAUGUUAGGGACAACUAGUUUCAAUAGACUCCAGGAAUUUGAGAAGCAAAACAAAGCCCUUGUGGGUGUUGCUUUCCAUGAUUCCAUUAGCAGCCAGGGGGGCGUCUUGCCCCCGGCCCAUCAUGUUCCUGGGUUCCGCUCUGUCGUGCAGGUCGCGCCCGCCCUCAUCUGUGUGUUGUGGCCACUCCCUGUUUGCAUCCAGAGUGUGUUUCUAACGGCCUUGGGGUCAGAAGAGACCAUGUCCAUGGCGGGGAAGCCUGCUGGAGGAGCUUCUAGCCAGCCUCACUCUGGGCCAGCAUGUUGGAUUCCAGCUUGGGGCAAAUGCAGUAAAAAAAAACAAAAAAAAAUGUGAUCGGUUUCUGUGUGCAGUGUUGUUUUUGUUGUUGUUUCGCUCCCUGGCUCUCAUCUUUUACGUACCACCUCAGUGAAACCCGUCUGAGAGGCCACCACCCGGCUAGUCAUCCUGCCCAGCAGUGGCAUCAGAGAAGCGGGCUAUGUGUGCGAAACUGCAGAGCCGCCUCCCGGUGACUCGCAGGCAGUCCCGUGCCUGGCCAGCCCACGUCAUCUCAUUGUUCAGGCUUUCUCCUUAUUGAUUUGCAGAUGUUGUGCAAUGAGAAAACAUGGUAUGGUCUAACUGCUCUGGCCCAAUGUGACAAUAGGAAUGGAAUAUAAUUAUGUAAGAUUUCACAAGCAAAACCACCACAAAUCAUGAUCUGGCUGAGUCACACGCGACUGGAGAAUAAACAAAUAGCAACAU